CCUAGACAAAUGGCAAUGGUGGUCCAGCCUCUCCCUACUUCCCCCGUCAGCAAGGUGUGAGUGGGUGGGCUAAACUAGAGGAAAGCAGGAGUUCCCUGGAGGAACGUCUUGGUGGAUUCUCCGUCGCGCAUGCGUGCCGUUGCUUUCUCCCUUCCCUCCUGGUUUUCCCCCAUCUGAAGUUAACUUCUGGCGGUCCGACUUGCUCUUCGGACUCUACCAGGCAGGCGAUGGCCCUUUGGCUCAAGUUCUGCUCUUUCUUCUUCUCUCUCACGGCCUGCCUCGAUGGCCCGCGUCUGGCCGUGUCCGCAGGAGGGACCAGUAGCAGCGGCGGUGGCAGGAAAGGAUCCGCGGGCGAUGCUUGCGGCUGGAUGGUCCUCUCUCCAAAUGGAAAGAAUAUUGGGCUGCCUAAUAUUACCUUUAAAUAUGACAAUUGUACUCCUUAUUUGAAUUCAAUAGGAAAACAUGUGAUUGGAGAUGUACAGAACAUCACUAUUAGUCAGUAUGCAUGCUCUGACCAAGUUGCAGUGACUGUAUUGUGGACAGCCAACCCCAUUGGUAUUGAAUUUCUGAAAGGAUUUCGAGUUAUACUUGAAGAAUUAAAAUCGGAGAGAAGACAAUGUCAGCAGUUGCUUUUAAAAGACCCAAAGCAGCUCAACUCAAGUUAUAAGUGGACUAGAGUGGAAUCUCAGCCCUUCCUAAAUCUGAAAUUUGAAACUGACUAUUUUGUAAAGAUUAUUCCUUUUCCAUCCAUUAAGAAUGAAAGUAACUACCAUCCUUUUUUCUUCAGAACUCGGCCUUGUGAAUUGCUGCUGCAACCAGACAACCUGGUCUGCAAACCAUUUUGGAAACCAAGAAGCUUGAAUAUUACGCAGCAAGGUUUUACUAUGCAUGUAUCUUUUGAUCAUGCACCACAUAACUUUGGAUUCAGAUAUUACUACCUGCACUACAAACUCAAAACUGAUGGACAGUUCAAACAGAAGAUGUGUAAACAGGAAAAGAAAACAGAUGUAACAACUUGUAUUCUUCAGAAUGUCUCACCUGGAGAUUAUAUCAUUGAGCUUAUUGAUGAUACCAACACAACAAGAAAAUCAAUGCACUAUGUGUUAAAGCCAGUGCACUCCCCAUGGGCAGGUCCAAUAAGAGCAGUAGCCAUUACAGUACCCUUGGUUGUCAUCUCUGCAUUUGCAACACUUUUUACAGUGAUGUGUCGCAAAAAGCAACAAGAAAAUAUCUAUUCCCAUUUAGAUGAGGAGAGUUCUGAAUCUUCUACCUACUCUGCAUCUCUCCAUGUGGAAAGGCAGCAGCCUCGGCCCAAAGUCUUCCUCUGCUAUUCCAGUAAAGAUUGCCAGAAGCACAUUAAUGUCAUCCAGUGUUUUGCCUUUUUCCUUCAGGACUUUUGUGGUUGUGAGGUUUCUUUAGAUUUAUGGGAAGAUCUGAAAAACUGUAAAGAAGGUCAGAAAGAAUGGCUUCAUCGGAAAAUCAAUGAAUCCCAAUAUAUCAUCAUUGUAUGUUCAAAAGGAAUGAAAUAUUUUGUAGAGAAAAGGAGCUGGAAGCACAAGAGAUCCAAAGAAAAGGAUACUGGGAAAGGAGAACUCUUUCUGGUUGCCAUAGCUACCAUAGCAGAGCAGCUACGUCAUGCAAAGCAAAAUUCACGUGACCUCUGCAAGUUCAUUGCUGUUUACUUUGAUUAUUCCUGUGAAGGUGACAUUCCUGGAGUAUUAGAUUUAACCACAAAGUACAAGCUUAUGGAUAACCUGCCUCAGCUUUACGCUCAUUUAAAAUCCAAAGAUCUUAGCUUUCAUGAUUCAGAAUUGUAUCCUGUACAUAUUAGCAAAAGAAAUUAUUUCAGAAGCAAGUCUGGACGAUCGCUCUACGUAGCAAUUUGCAACAUGCAUCAAUAUAUUGACCAGGAGCCUGACUGGUUUGAGAAGCAGUUUGCUUCUUUCUUCCCAACACCUUUACGUUGUCCGGAUCCAGUAACAGAAACUUUUGACUCUGGCAUAGUAUUUAAUGACUUAGUCAAUAAACAAGUGACUGAUGGAGAUUUUUAUCUAAAAGUAGAUGCAAAUGUUGUUCCUCCUUUACAUUCAGACUCUCUUUGUGUGACACAGCAUUUGAAUCUUGGGGUGGAUAGAGAAUCUCAGGACAUUCAGACUACUUCCAUUCUUCAGCCAUUGCUGCAUGUUGUAAAAGCUGCCAAUCUACCAGACAUGCCCCGAGAUUCGGGAAUUUAUGAUUCCUCUGUUCCUUCAUCUGAACUGUCACUAUCUUUAAUGGAUGGACUCUUAACAGAUCAAACCGAAACAUCUUCCAUUACAGAGAGUGUCUCCUCCUCAUCAGGACUAGGAGAAGAUGAACCGCCUUUGCUUGCUACCACCAAAUCCCUUGUGCCUGGAAUUUGUAAAGCAGAACUUCACUGCUGUAUCCAUGCGGAAGAACUGCAGGCAAUUGCACCUUUAUAAUGGAUUGAAAGAUUGUUAUGCAUUGCCACUUUAUCAACAGUAUCCGUUUAUACAUUAAUCUAUCAUUACUGUCAUUUAACUUAUUUGAAAGAAAAUAUACUUUCCUGGAGGAUUUGCUUCCUAGGGGAUUUCAUGGCCAGUAUAUUUUGUUUUAUAUUUCAUUCUUAUAUAAAUAGUUUUCUGUUUUGAUAAGAAAACUUUCAAGAUUGGGAAGAUAGAUUUUACAAUUUGGAUAACAAGAGUUAAAAAUCCAUCUACUUUCUAAUUUGAAAUAUUGUUUUUGGAAAUUACCAAAUCCUUGAAUUCCGCAAUCAAUAUUGAUUUUCAUUCUAUAACAGUAAGCCCUGACUCUUUACAAGUAUAUGCUUUUUCCAUCCUUACUUCUAUUAUAUCCAAGAGGAAGGACACUGUGAGUGCUUGGUUAUAAUUAAUCUAUGCUUCCCCUUCCAUGCAAAAUGGAUAUUCUGAUUAACACUUAAAUUAUCAUAAAAUUAUGGUUUGAAAGUAGUUUAUAAUGGAACUAACUGCAAUUUAGUAUAACAGCCUAUUUAACUGGAGGAAAUGAGUAAUGUUUGAUCCUCCGAUGCUCUGCAUUAUAACAGGUUCCUGGCUGCGAAUGCUGAAAUAGCUGAACAUCAUAAUAUAAUGUUCAGUAAUAUUUGGAGAUUGGAAAGCAGGAUUCACAGUGUUAAAAUACCAAAGACAAGACUUAUAAAAAUAGGCUUUACUAAAAGAGAAAUCGUAGUUGAAUUCUGCUUACCUGCCUACUUAGCAUGUUUAAGUAGAAAGUUUAAAAAAUAUGUUUUGUGUCUUAUGUUACUUGUGAGCAAACUUAUAUUAAUGGCUAGUUUGCCGUUCCAGUUCAAAAAUUUAAACUCAGUUAUGUUUCCUAGUUGUCUGCUAACAUUCACGCUAGUCUUAAUAUUUCAUUGUUUAAGCAUCUCCAUAAAUGUUUUUAACUUUAGAAGCUAACAUAUUAAAGUUCAAUUGAACAAUUAAGUCAAGGUCAGGAAUAUAAAUAAUUGAUAUAUCACUGAUUAUUUGUUUCUGUGAAUGAUAAAAUGUUCUUAGGAUCCUAUAAACCCUUCUCUAGCCCCUACCUUUGAAAUCUAAAGUUAUGACCAGAAUAUUUACUUUAAACUGUUGUCCUGGCUUUGUUGAGGAUGUUGUUGUUAACUGAUUUACCUUACACUGACAUUUUUCAGCUGUUUAAUAAUUUUAAGAUACAUUUGCUUUUUUCAAAAAAUAUGCCUCAACAUCAGCAAAUAGAUUUCAUAUAGAUAAUGCAAUUUUUGAGCCGUUAUAUAACAUUAUUAAGGAAUAAAUCUUGUAGGUAAGGAUUAAUAUCUUUUCCCAAUUUCUUGUUUUUUUUAGCUGAAGUGGAGUCAUUUUUAAUAGCAGCAAUUUUACUAUGUUUUAACUUUGUUUUUUUAAAAAAAAAUAUUCCAGAAAGGAAUUUAAACUUUCUUAAAUACUUUAAUGUGGAAAAUAAUUUUGUGGAAGAAUUAUUUCCAUAAACAAUGAUACAUAUAUGAUAAUCAUGAUAAUUAUUGUUAAAACUUGCACUGUCCCUUCUGUAUAUUUGCUGACCACUUGAAAAUGUUACUUGUGUAUCCUGAUUACUUGAAAGUCCACAUAACAAUUCUGGAGGAUUUCCUUAAAAUAAAAUUAAUUUUUUUAAAAGUAAGGAACAUAUGUGAUAAAUUCCUCAAAUAGCAAAACACAUAGGUUUAAAGGAAGGAUGAAUGGUCAGUUAGAAUAAUAAAUGUUAGAAGUAGGGACAUAGAUACAAUUGAGACCAUAUUUUCAUCCCCAAAUGCUAUAUUUUUCUAUUCAUACUGGUGAAGAAAUCCUGUCGGGAUUUUCCAGAAAAGAAAAUUUAGUCAUGGAAAGGUUCCCAUAUCUUUUAUAUUUCUUGAGGAUCUAAAGUGGCCUUGCUUUACUCAUGCUGCCUAAGAAUUAUGGAAGUUAAAAUCUCUUACUUCCUCAGUGCACCAUAUAGAUAACAGCUAUAGCGAUCCAUCUAUAUUCUCUGGAUUUCCAGUGAUUUUUGAGUUUGUACUCAACCAUAUCUUCACAAUUUCAGUUUUAUUUAACUAACAUAUUGUGAUCAAAUAACUUGAUUUUUGAUAUAUCAAGUUAUAUUCAUAAUACAUUUUGAUAAAAUACUGUCAAUUUUAGGAAUUAGCAAUCCUAAAAUUGUAUCAGUGAUUUCCCAGCUAACCUAAUGUGAUAAUUAGAUUACCACUAAAAAUACCACUUUUCUAAAUCAGCACUUCCCUCCACUUACUCUCAGCUGUCUCUUCCUCAGAAUAGGUAACUGUUUCCUUUAUUGAUGUCGUAUUUGCAAUGCUUCUCAGGGAUAUUUUUUGCAUAUUUUGUAUUCGUAUGUUUCACUUGCAUGUUUUAAGUAGUUGUGCAACUUACGAAAUGCCUCAGUACUGCAUACUAUCACUCUUUUAAUUUCUGCCAGCUUCAGAGCUCUCUUCUUCUUUUCAAAAUCAUUUUCCAACUAAAGAGAAUGAAAAAAAUAGUUACUUGUGAUUCCUUAUUUGCUCUAAUACCAUUCACUGAAACUUAGUUACCAAUUACUUCUUAUUGGAUUAAUUAUAUUUUAUAAUUUAGCAUUAUAAUUAAAAAGAUAACAGUUUAAUACAAGCUAAAAGAAUAAAAAUGCAGAAAAGAAAAAUAGAACAGAAAAAAAGUAAUCAUGUACGAAACAAAAGAAAAGAAAUAAAUGACUUUCCUUCAUCACAAGCAUAAACAAUUUUAACUUAUCACUUUCUCUAACAAUGCAACAAAAUAUCUAUUUUUCCCAUAUCUCAUCUGUUAUCUAUAAACAAAUCCUUAAAGAUAACGUUGUCCUAGUUAAUGAUGUUCAUUAAUGAUUAGCAGAGAUAACAUCUCUAUUUUACUCUUGAUAAAAUAAAUCAUAUUCUUUCUUUGCUUUUAACAAUCUUCAGUUAAUUAAAUCCACAAUUUAUCACUUUUUGUUUAAGAGAACUAAUGGCCAUAGAAAUUAAUAGAUCUCUAUGGUAUGUUAUUUAUUAUACAUAAUAAGGAACUGUUCAUCCUCCUUCAUGGCUUUAAAAUUAAGGUAUAAAAAGUGGGUAUUCUUUUUUCCUGCAGAGGAAUAGAGGCCUCUUUCCUGACCAACUGCUUUUACAUUGUUACUUCUAUUCUCUCCCUCUUAGCCCAACACCCAGAAAAAUAAUAAUAAUCCAAGUUUUCCCCAAAAGCAUGCAUACAGAGUCUCUUCUGGAGAGAACAUAGGAGUUAGUCUUUCUCCAUUCUAUAAGUCCAACCAAUACAUUACAAAAUAGAGCAAAAAUUAAAUGAAGUCUCUUAAACUUGCUGUUUAAAAAAGAGGGGUGGGGUGAGGAAUAAGAAUCUUAGAAAAAUAGGUCAGAGAGUAGGUGCACACAGUUGAUAGUUUAAACCACUAUUUCUCAAUCUCAGUAACUUUAAGAUGGGUGGACUUCAACUCCCAGAAUUCCUCAACCAACAUUAUUAGUUGAAGUCCACUCAUCUUAGAGUUACUGAGGUUAAGAAACACUGUUUUAGGCACAGUCCUGAGAUAAAGAUUGCAGACUAUAUUAAUCGCAACAAAGGGUUGUGUGGAUAUUGAACUUAUUGUGCUUCAUAAAUUUGAGUAAAACUCAAAAAGGCUUAGAAGAUAAAUCAGUAAACCAGGCAUUUAUGAGAAUGCUAGUUAGUUCUUGUCAUGUAGUAGAUAAAAUGCUGAUUCAAAUUGUUAAUUCCUUAAACUUUUUAAGAAUAACAGAUAGGUUGAAAUGUUUUCAGUUUACUUGAGCAUUGGAAAAGCAUACAAUUCCUUUACAGUUUUUGUGAAGACUUAAACAAAAAAAAAACCUGAAUUGAAGUAGGAAUGUAAUUCCUUUUUCCAAGAGGGAUUAGUUCUGUUAUGUUCACUUCUGAUGUAGAAAUCCAGAGAAGGAAAAAAUCUUAGGUUGCUAAACUGCCUGAAGGCUUAAUGGGCUUUCUGUACAUUGUUACUUAUAAACUGACCAUAACCUUAUGCAGAGUUAAACAUGAUUCAUUUAGUUAGGAAUAAUGGUAACUGGAGCAACAGUCUGCAGGGACAUAAAGUAAACCUAGCCUCAAAGAGAGAGACAAUCUAGUAAAGAAACAGUUGCUGAUCAAUUGAGUUUGUGCGCUAGGUAUAUACUUGACCCAUUUCUCCAUAUAUACUAGCGUGCCCAUGAGAAAAGUAAGUUUUUAGGUAGUACCAUUAUAAGAUGGUACUAGCUAGAAAUAAUGUAUUUGGGUUUGUUUGGAUUAAGUAAUCACCACAGAAACUGGCUAUUGCUAUUUUUCUCCUUAAAAGACAUAAGUCCCAGGUUAUUUUUAACUUAAAAGUACUUAAUACUUUAACUUAAUGAAAUUUUCAGACAGAAUAUUUCUGUAUGCUUUAGGAAAAUGUUUUUCCUUUCCAAUACUGAAGGAGACUCAAUCAUCAAGGUGAAUUUUUGAGAAAGGAUAGAAUUUGCCAUGAACAAGUUCUAUACAAACUUGACUGGAAUAUGCGCUCCUUUGAUUAUCUGAUAAAUUCCAUUGAGAAAUCUAUUGAAAUAUGAAUCAUGUUUCUAUGCAGCCCAGAAAACAUCGGAUAACAUAGAUUCAACAUGCUUACACUGAAAUUACACUUGUAUCUAAAAUCUAUUUGGUAUUUGCCUCUUGGGUAUUAGGAUCUUGAGAAAAUUGGAGUAAUCCAAUAUCCUUGUGCAAAUAGAAGGGCCCCUUUCAUUCAUGAAGGAAUUUAAACCUAGGCCCACUGAAAGAAGAGAUUGAAGUAAUUAAUUUUUUGUUGACUUCCUUUUGUUUUGCAUCCUCUCACACUAUUUGCUUAGUAGACCAGGCAGUGCCAUAGUCGUCCUGUGUAGCUCACCAAAAGAUUGUAGGAGAAAACUAACCAUCCUUUAAGUUUCUAAUGAAGCUCUGGAUUCAAACCACUAUAGUUCAGUAUUUCUGUCCAUUAUUAGGACAACAGGAAAGCCUCUUGAAAGCCAAAAAUGUUAAUAUACAUUUUAGAGGUUAGAUCAUGAUUAUUUUAGUAUUGUUUUAGAUGCCAAAUUUAAUAUUGUAACAUAAUUCACUGCAUUUUUUUAGAUUUUACAGAAGAUAUGGAGAUAUUUUCUAAAUGCUUAUAAUUCUUAUGUGAAUUAAAUUGAAAUAUGUAAGAAACAACAACAUGGGUCAAUACUUAAGUAAAUGUAGUGGUUUUCGUGUUUAUGUACAAAAAUAUAAGCUCUUGGUAAUAGCUGAUCUUAGGGUGAAUUUAUUUUUAUGUUGCCAUAAUUUAGAAAUUAACAUCAAAAUAAAAAGUCAUAAAAUUAAUUUUAAGUUGCUUAUGUUUUUAUGCUAGAUUGUUUUUGUAAGCAUGUAUUUUUUCAAACAUUAGCUUCACAACAAAAGUAAGAAUAAAAAUUGUGUACUUCUUUAUCUAUUGUUAUUACGUCCUUGGCAUAAAAUCUCUUUACAGCUGUUACUACAAAACAUAAAUUGCUAAUAAAUUGAAAUUGGUUGAAAUAAAACAACAUAUGAUGAAAAUUUAAUAUCCA